CUCUCUCUCCACACUUCUGUUUUUUUCUCUCACUCUUCUGACGUCAGCAACCUGCAACUGAACGAAUGAACUAACGAACGACCGACCGAGGCCCCUACCGAGAGCUACCGGGAGGCAGUAGAGUAGUCACAGAGCGAGGUCCCCCCGCCCGCCUCGGAGGAGCCAAACGGAGGAAGAAGAAGGUCAACUGUGAGAAGAAGAACCGUGUGAGAAGAAACAAACGAUGCGAGCGCUGCUCACCGCCGCCAGUGACGUUAAAACACACAACCCUACUGUGAGAAGAAGAGAACCGUUACCGUGAUUUACCGACAGAAGAGAGACGGAGGACGGACCACAGGCUUUGAGAACCAGUUGUGUGUUUGCUCCGUUGGAUCAUACCGUGAGGAUCGUGAUUUAAAUGCGUUAACGGUGCCGUACCCCGGUAGAGAGAGAAGAGGGAGCAGCCCAGAGAGACAGAGACAGAGGGAUCACUGAGGGAGCCAAGGCACAGCACAGAAAAAAGGAGGAAAUUAACCAAGAAAAGGGAGGAAAAAGGAUCUUUUCAGGCUCUUUUUGUUGCUAUUUUUCUUCUGCCCUGGAUCCCGGUAUCGGUAACGCUCUCAAGCUGUGUUCUCUAACCAUGGGAUGUACUCUGAGCGCAGAGGAGAGGGCGGCUCUGGACCGGAGCAAAGCCAUCGAGAAAAACCUCAAGGAGGACGGUAUGACCGCGGCCAAAGAUGUUAAACUGCUGCUGCUCGGGGCUGGCGAGUCAGGGAAAAGGCACCAUCGUCAUAACAGACUGAAGAUCAUCCAUGAGGACGGUUUCUCUGGCGACGACGUAAAGCAGUACAAGCCUGUCGUUUACAGCAACACCAUCCAAUCUCUGGCUGCCAUCGUCCGCGCCAUGGAUACGCUGGGCCUGGAGUACGGAGACAAAGAACGGAAGGCGGAUGCUAAGAUGGUGUGUGAUGUGGUCAGUCGUAUGGAGGACACAGAGCCUUACUCCGCCGAGCUGCUCGGCGCCAUGAUGCGUCUGUGGUCUGACUCAGGCAUCCAGGAGUGUUUCAGCCGCGCCCGCGAGUACCAGCUCAACGAUUCAGCGCAGUACUACCUAGACAGCCUAGACCGGAUCGGUGCGCCAGACUACCAGCCCACAGAGCAGGACAUCCUGAGGACCCGAGUGAAGACCACGGGCAUCGUCGAGACACACUUUACCUUCAAAAACCUCCACUUCAGGCUGUUUGAUGUGGGAGGUCAGAGGUCGGAGAGGAAGAAGUGGAUCCACUGUUUUGAGGAUGUCACAGCUAUCAUUUUCUGCGUGGCGCUCAGCGGAUACGACCAGGUGCUGCAUGAGGACGAGACCACGAACCGCAUGCACGAGUCUAUGAAGCUGUUUGAUUCCAUCUGCAACAACAAGUGGUUUAAGGACACCUCCAUCAUCCUCUUCCUGAACAAGAAAGACAUCUUUGAAAGCAAGAUCAUCAAGUCACCACUGUCUAUCUGCUUCCCUGAGUACACUGGUCCAGACACUUACUUGGACGGAAUAGACCACAUUAAGUCUCAGUACGAGAGCAAGAACAAGUCGCCCAGCAAAGAGGUCUACUCCCAUGUGACCUGCGCUACAGACACCAACAACAUCCAGUUUGUCUUUGAUGCUGUCACUGAUGUCAUCAUAGCAAAUAACCUGCGGGGUUGUGGCCUCUACUGAUGAUUCUGUUAAAUGUUAGCCAAUGGAUGAAGGACGUGUGACUUGUGUUUACCUACCAGUUUGUACCGCAUAGGAUAUGUGGCCCAUAUCAGUGAUGUCAUCAGUCAAAUAAGGGGUUUGGGCUGUGUUCGUGAUGGUGCCAUACUGCUUUACCGUAAGAAUGAAUUGAUUGGUUGAGUGGUUGGUUGGUUAGUUGGUUGAGACUUCUUUUAAUGUAUUUGCGUUUCUCAGUUCCUCCUAAAGAAGAACUAACGGCAAAUUCCAGUAACUUUGUGCAUUUAAUCGUACCGAGACACCAAAUAUUUUGCUGGUGUGCUGCAGAAAUGUUGCACAAUACCUACAGUCGACUCUCCAGGGAUGCAAGGUUCCUGAGACUUGUUUGUACAUGCAGUAGUGCCUUACUAGACUGAUUACUAAUUAACUAGAGCCAUCGUAGGGGUUCACCUAACUGGUAUAAUGUGAAUCACUCCUUUAUCCCAAAAUAUUUCUAAUCAUUUUCAAAUAAAUUUGAGCUGUCACUCCUCUCGUGCCUCAAUCACAUGAAGUGCCAAUGUGAAAGUGAAUAUAUUAGUAUGUUUUUUUAACUAGUCAGGGUCAAAUUCAGUUCACUCUCAGUUUACGUCAGAAAGAUGAGCAUGAGAUAUUAAACUGUCGACAAGGUUAUGUCCAGUUUACUAAUCAUCAGCAAAACAAAAAUGCAUUUCUAUAUAUUUUUGCAAAAUAGCUUUUGUGCACACCUCCUUCUUUAUGUUGUUUGUGUUUUGUGCGGCGCAUUUGCACGGGAUGAACAAAGUCUGUAGUUUACUAAAAAUGUUUGACAUUAUCCCCCGGAUAUGAUGUCGAGGCUCUGCGUAACAAUCCGGAAAAAAGCAGAGAAAACAAAAACAUCUUGGAAAAAAUAAAUUGGCCCCCAAAUCACAGAGAUGCAGAUUCGCACAGGACUAAUAUUAUCACAUGACCUCUGUGUUUGGCGAAAUAUGAUAGGUAAUUUAGUAGGUGGAAUCUUUACUUGGCAAAUUACGGACAUGGCCGGUUCACAUGGGAUUAAGAUCACAGACGACCUCUUUAAUUAUUACAUGACUAGAGGUCCCCAGGUAAUACUAGUCCCCUGCAAAAAGGGUUUUACACCAUUAUUAGAUACAUGUUACUGAAAUAAAAAUAUACUUAAAAAAAUAACAUGUUAUGGUAAUUUGUUAGUUUUAAUUAUUUAUUAAAUAAUUUCAGAUUGUAUUAUUUUCUGUAUUUUAUCGUAGUCUUUAUGUUUUUUAUUUAGUCAUAAUAAUAUGUCUAGUUAUGAUAAUGUCUUAUUCAUUGCCCACUUUGUAGUUCCAUAUUAAACAGUGUGACAACUUGCUAAUCAUAAUGAUUCAACAAGUAGGACCAAUUGAUAACAGUAUCCGUUCAUCUCGCCUUGUCACGUCUCACGUCAGCGUCCAUACAGCAAAAAUGUUCUAAGUCACAUUUCUCUUUUUUUACUGCAUUUUAAAUUGAUGUUACUUAUGUUGACUAGUUCAGAUCUUAAAGUCCCUAUGUAUGUGUAGAAUUUGAACAUUUCUGACCUUGGCAGCUCCUAGUGGUAGUAACAAAAAGACACUGUGGUAACACCCACAAUGAGUGAUUGUUCCAAUUUUGACUAGGCUUGUCUCAUUUUUCUACAAUUAAAAACUCAUGCCAUUAUACCAUACAUAAUUUGAAAAAUGUUAUAAUCACAUACACAUUUAAGAAGAAACUGAAAUUAUUAAAAAAAUAUAUUUAAUUUAUAUUUUGUAGAGUCAUUUGACUUAAAGCAUAGACAUGGCCGUUGGCACUUCAGUAAUAUUGUCGAAAACUGUACAGCGUCGGUCAUGGUUUGAGCGAUCUCGGAACCCAUCGGCUAUUGGUCUGACGACGGUAAGCCUCCGGGGGCAAUCUCCAAUAUUUCUGGGGUUCCACUGUAGCCAGCGGAUAGCUGGGCCAAGACUUACUCCUCUGUGCACUGCUCAUUGUUUACAGUCCGAUUAGCAACUUGAGACACUAUAAUGGCGUUGGAGUUGAGAGAUGACAUCUACGACCAGGUUGUUUCACAAGUAGCCAGUUUACACUCAGUUAACAGUUUAUUUUUAGCUAAUUAAAAACAAAAUCGUCGUCAGCCAGUGGGUUUCAAGAUUGCAUUUUGACCAAUGCGUUCCGCUUCUUUUCUCUCACACAGACCUGCAUGCAACCAAAGCCCGCUCAAACGUGAUUGGUCCAUUCUACUCGGACUAUAAACAGAAACCAGAACGCUUCCAAUGCCAAAAUCUUGUACCGUUGCCUACAGAUUCUGCAUUCAUAUGCAAAUAUCUAUUUAUAGAGAUGAUGGUUGCUUAUCAUUUUAUUGUAAACUACCCAGCAGGAGUUCAUUCAGCAGAACUGAUUUGUGUGUUUCCUUGUUGCAAAUGAAUAGCGUCAUCAGUGUUUUGGCCUUGGAUGCUUUUCAUUUGAGAGUAAAUUAGCUUUUGUUACCUAUAGAAAGAUGUGAUUAAAAUUGUCUCUUUGUAAUGUAAUCUUUUGAUCAAAGUUAGAAGAGGUAAGCAGUAUAAUUUGUUUUCCCCUUUACUUUAAAUAUAGUUAUUUGAAUUUAUAGCAAGGAAGUUGCUAUUUAUUCUGCCAUCAUCCGUCAUCCCUGUGGAUGUCACCUCCGGUCGUAUUUUAGGAUUGAUUUUCCGAGCUCUCCUAUUACAGCAUUCAUGGGUCCACUAUAAAAUCACUUUAAAUGAAAAGCUACAUGAGGUAGUGUUCUGACUCAACCAGACUGUUCCCAGAUAAUGCUUCAAAGGAAGCAUUGAUUUUAUGGGGCCCUGGGGCCGCAUCCAUUGUGUGGGGUUGUACAGUGUAAUAUCCCUAUUGUACACCUAUCUGCCUUAAAAAGCCAGAGGUUGGCUUUGAAAGAUUGUGUGUUGGUAAGUACAUAUAGUCCGCUGGGACUAGACUGUCAACCUUGUGACUAUUAUUUCAGCCCCGAUGUUUUGCUUUCUGCUCCAGAGUUCCAUUUCUGCUGGACAGUAGUCGUCCCAGAGCUGCUGUAGGGUUGAGGUUGGAUGUAGUGCACAGCUUAGUUGAACUGAAAAGUGGUGUGUGCAGUUUGUGUGAACAAUUCAAAUUUUGAGCCUUGACAUUAAAGCCAAAGAGAUGCAUUUAAUACCAGGAAAAUAUCCUCAGCUCCUCCCUUCUCUCUUUAUAAGCAACAGUUUACAGCAGAAUAUAGAAACAGAACUCUGCUUUACUGGUACGAGUGCUCUCUGGCAAACAGAGGUAGAGAGUUGCGUUAUUUAUUUAUGAGCAGGGCAUUUGCUUCAUUCCACUCUUCCCUCCACACUCGAAACUACGAGGGCGUGUCUUCACCCGCUGCUCAAAGCUGCCAUUUUUUUAAAAAAACAGGUAGAUGAUGUCAUCAGCUCUUCCUACCACAUCUGUGCCAACUUUCCCUAAUUAGAGAGCUGCCUAAGGCUGUUGAUCAGCCUGCAUCGUGUGUGUAUCUGUCUGUGUAUUUGUGUGUGUUUUACGAUUGUAUAUAGUUACCUACAUGUGUGUCUGUUGAUAGUACAGGAAAGGUCAGUGUGUGUGUGUGUGGGUCGGUGUGUGUUUGUGGGUCGGUGUGUGUGUGUGCGUGCGCGUGCCUGUAUAUAUUGUGUGAGAGACAACAUCAGCCCAUGGGGGGUUGUGUGUGGUGGAGUCAGUAUCUGUGGAUUAAUUACCCAGAAGGCACCUGUCUACCCUUUCCACACAUAGGCCCUUAACACACAUACAUGUGCAUACACACACACUGAAGACACAAACGCACCCAUGAAACUUCAAAAUGUCACCUUACUUGCCCGUGCCAAAUAAUACAACCAUAUCCAACCAAAGAGCCUCAGAUGCUUUUUGGUUCUUUUGCCAAACAUGAAGCCUGCUGCUGAAGGCUUUUGGUUUAUAAUCUUCUCCUUCGAUUUAUAACAUUUUAAUUAUAGAAAGCGAAAGUAAAAUGAUCCGACUGCAUCGCCUUUGGAGAUAUGACUUUAAAUGUACAUGAAACAUCAAAAGGUAUUGUCCUGAAAUGAUGUAAAAAUAAGUCCACAUAAAAGAUGUCUAUGAAUUCACUUCUUUAUUUCACUCAGCGGUUACAUUGUGCAGGGAAAACCAGUUUUAUUUGUAAUUUGCAUAGAAGCCAAACAAAUAUUUCACAUCAAUAUGAUGAGUAUCUGUGCUUAGUGCUUAAAUUUGGGGGUUAUUUUAAAUGCACUUCACAGAAAAGACAAAACAAACUAUCUUACACUUGCAUAGUAGAAUUAUGCCCUUGCACAAUUAAAUUAGAGUAAUGUUCUAGCCCCCCUAAUGCCCUGCCACUGUACACCUGUUUAAUUCAGCACUUGUUGUAUGAAUAAUUUGAGCAUCAUUCUCACUUAAUGCAGGACUCCCCCCGCCUAAAUCAGUUUGGUUUUUUUUAUAUAUACAUUAAUGUCCCUAUUUUUAUGCCUGAAAGCCUAGAGAGUAGCCAGCAGUAGACAUGUCGCUGUGGAACAAUGGGCUGGUGAAAUUUUCAUCCACAGUAAGUUAGCAAGCUUCAAUUCACAUGCAGCUAAAAGGACAUGCCUACAUUUCGAUUUGCCCUCGGGGUGGCUAAAGCAGCAUGCUGUACUGUUGGAGCUUUGUCUUCCAUCUUCUUUCAUGCCCGUGUUAACCUCAGGCAGUGCACAGAGCAAGAUGUAUCCAUGUUCCUGCUGUACAGAUUAUUCAGUGUCAUAUCAGAUGCAGUUGAAAGUGAAUUUAAAGGACCAUAAAUGUGCUUUUGCAUGUUUAAAUCAAUCGCUACACAUAACAUACAGUAAACCAUAGUAUUUUCUUUGGUUAACCUUCAAUUUACGCAGUAUUGAAAUCACCUUGCAGACACCUGAAACAUAAUUUUUGUGUCAAAGUUCACCAAAAUGUAACUUAGACACGUUUUUUUUUUUUUACUCGGCCUCUGUGAGAGAGUCCACUAAUUGUUGUGGUUCCAUUGGGAUGAAUUGAUUUCGCUGUGCAUUUAGCCAUUUUAAAUGCAGGUAUUGUAUACCAGGAUAUUUAGUAAAUGGACCAAAACAUUCCCGCUGUGCAUUAAAAGUAACCACAACCACCUUUUCUUUGACAUGAGUUAUGGUAUAAAUGUGUAAAAUUAGAUUGGAGGAGAGAAGUUUGAUUAAGGACUCUACUUGCAUCUUUGGUAAACUGAACUCUCAUUUCAUUGAUGAGGGCAGACAUAAAAUUAGAAAAUUGUAGUCCUACAAGAGCCAAUGUGUCUCACAUCACAUCACCUCUCUCUCAAUUAAAUUUCAAAGAUGCUUUAUUGAAAAAUCCCAUUGACGUUUUGUCAAGGGAACCCAGGGCGAUGCUAACUCCCUGGUUGGCCUACAAAAACACGUCAUCCCUGCAGCACUCUAUAAUAGCUCUAAAACGACAGAUGGAGAAGUGACAUCAGCGGGCGAGGCUGAGAGUAUAGUGGGUAACAGUUUAUGUCCUGUUUCAGUCCCAACGAUAAACUCCUGUUCCUACUCCCCGAAGAUAUUUGUGGGUAAUGUAGUCUGACUUCAUGCUAGAGAGUGUUUAUGGGUAAUAGUGUUUUGUUUUUUUUACGUGAAUGGGUCUUACGUGAAUAAUACAAUCAGUGGUUCAUUCAGGUAACAAAGGUCCUAGUUGAUCUGGGCAGCAGGUGGUGGCACAAAAGAAAUGUUAGCACCAUGUGCCAAUUCAAUGCCUUAGCAACAUAAACAACUUCUUAAAUCCCACAAUGGCAGCCAAACGAUUUUGACUUAAUUUUGAUCUCAUGUUAGAGAUAAAGGAGCUCCUGUGGUGUCUUUUUGCUGAGUUAUUUAUGCUUCAAAUUUAGAAGGAGAGUUUUGCCUGUAAAUGCUUUUGGGUAGUCUUAUAAUAUGUUCCACUCGAUAAAAUGAGCACUAAAGCCUCUGCAGAGCCAGGGAGAUCCCGCUCUACUGCUGGACUUGGAGAGGAUUCAGGAAGCCGCAGGGCACAGGACCGUAAUGAACUAGUGUAGAACUAAGGAGGCCGAGUAUGAGCUGGUGAGAGCCCUUGCUCUCAUCAUGCUCUCAACCCUUACUGCUGCAACUUUUUCAGCCUUCAACCCUCCAACGUUCAAAAUCAUUUAACCCCCCUCUGUCAAUACCAACCACCGUCCUUUCUAUACUGUACAGAUCACUUACAGCAAAUCUACAAACCUGUUUAUUGUGUAUUUGCGUGUGUGUGUGUACAGUAUGUAUGAAUGUGUGCGUGUAGUGUAUUUUACUGAGCACUGUAAGUAAAAUACAUCUGCUGUAACUCCCUCACUGCUGUGAUAAUUUAUUGAAAGUUGUAUUUAUACAUACGAGAAAUGGCAAUAAAGCACCACCACUUGAUACGUGU